AUGGACCCCAGCUGCUCCUGCACUGUUGGUGACUCCUGCACCUGUGCUGGCUCCUGCACAUGCAAAGAGAGCAAAUGCAAGUCCUGCAAGAAAAGCUGCUGCCUCUGUUGCCCCGUGGGCUGUGCCAAGUGUGCCCAGGGAUGUGUCUGCAAAGAGGCAUCGGACAAGUGCAACUGCUGCACCUGA